AUGAAGGUUGCUAUAUUUUACACUGACCAUGAUAAUGAAUGGACUAAACCAUAUGGUAAUUUUGUCGACAUGUGUUCUCGAUUGUUGAAUAGUAGUACUCGAGAGAAGGAGAUGGAGUAUAUUGUUUACAAUUCGUAUGGAGGCGAGAUACCUAGCUAUUUAGAAUUGGCAGAGGAUGGUAUUGAUAACAUAUUAAUCACUGGCUCUAGAUAUGAUUCAUUUGAUAGAAGUAAAGAAUGGAUUAAUAAAUUAAGAGAUUUGAUUUAUGAAAUUGUAGUUACCAAUGGGAAUACCAGUAACAUUAGACUAUGUGGUAUUUGUUUCGGACAUCAGAUCAUCGCCAAUGCAUUGAAUUAUGAAGUGAAAAGAAACCCGUUAGGCGAUGAGUUUGGAUUAUUUGAAAUUACUUUGAAUGAAACUGGUUUAAAAUUAUUUGAAGAUAUCAUUGAACCUGGGGAUAAUAAACUGAUGUUAGCGGAAUUCCAUAGUGAUAUUGUUACGUGUUCUAAGAAUACAGACGGCGACGAUGAUCGAAUUGAAUUGGAGAAUUGGGGAUCGACCGACAAAUCGCCGAUUCAAGGGUUUUAUUUAAAGAAUAAAUUAUUAACAUUUCAAGGACAUCCUGAAUUCACUAAUGAAGUUGUUUUAAAUGGUUUAAAAUUCAAAGUAAGAGACGAAAACAAGGUCAAAGCUGGAAUGGCUAUUGAAAAAAAUCACGGCGUAUCAUGUAAUAAAAUCAUCAUGAAAUUAUUUGAAGGAAAAAUAUAG